AUGCUGUAUGUCAAGCAGACUCCGGAGAUUGAAGCAAAAAUCGUUAAGAAUGCUUUUGAGGUCGGUAUCAACUUUUUUGAUACUGCUGAAGCAUACAACAAUGGGGUUGCCGAGCAAGCUUUGGGCAACGCGCUGAAAGCCUCCGGCAGAGAACGGGAUGAAUACGUUCUCGCAACCAAGGCCAACGGAGAUUGCCUGAUCCCUGAGAAUCUCCGCGCCACUUUCAAGCGCUCUCUGGAGAACCUCCAAACCGACCACAUCGACAUCCUUCAGAUCCACUGGCCGAACGACGCCGUGCCUCCCUCUAUGUACAUGCCGGUGAUCCAAGAGUUCAUCGAGGAAGGCUCUCUGCGCGCCGUCGGAAUCUCGAAUCACGGUUGCCAAGACAUGCAGGCCGUUCUAGACACCGGUGUGCCCAUCAUCUCCAACCAGCUUCCUUACAACCUUCUCAACCGCAUCGUGGAAGACUCCGUUUCUCCUCUUUUCAUUUCCGCUUAUUUCAAGAUCAUUCCGUUCUGUCAGGCGCAUGGUAUGGGCGUGCUGGCCUACUCUCCGUUAGCGCAAGGUUUACUCACCGGAAAAUACCACUGUGUCGCUGACUGCCCUCCUGGCCUCUCGCGAAGCCGCUAUUUCGACCAGUCGCGAUCAUCGAUGAGUCGCCAUGGCGAGUCUGGCUGCGAGAAGGAACUGUUCGAAGCGCUGGACGGACUGCGUGCCAUCGCGGAGAAGCAGCAGAUGACCAUGGCGCAGCUGUCGCUGGCGUGGCUGCGGCAGAAAGCGCCGACGUCGAUCAUUUUCGGCGCCAGCAAACCGGAGCAUGUGACGCAGAACGCGGAAUGCGUGAAUUAUCACUUGGAGGACGCGGUGAUGCGCGAGAUCGAUGCGUGCACGCUGCCAGUGAAGGAAGCUCUGCAUGGCAACCCGGAUUUGUGGAACCACACUUCGAGAGUGCAUUAG